CGGAUAGAUAAUCUUUGAUUCGUAUAAAUGUUGCUCGAGCUAUGGAGCGUCUUAUCAAAACGGUUACAAUGGCCAUCUGGGUAGCAUGUGUCACUGUCCUUCUGUUUGUCCUUGCGGAGGUUGAUGCGGGCGGCAAGUAUUGUCAAAGCGAUCUGUGCCCCCGUGGAGGUCCUCACGUCGGAUGCAACCCACCACCCUUUUCCGGUGGUCCAACCUGCCGCAGUAAGAAGAACGCCAAGAAGGUCCCACUAUCGUCCGCACUGCGCACAUUCAUCAUGGACGAACACAAUCUAAAUCGUUCGAACAUUGCGCUCGGAAGGAUACCGCCCUACCCGAGGGCGGUCAAAAUGCCAACGCUCACCUGGGACGAGGAGCUGGCUCAGCUGGCCGAUGCGAACGCGCGCUCCUGUAACUAUGGCCAUGAUCGGUGCCGGGCAACGGACAAGUUCCCGUACGCGGGACAAAACAUUGCCAUCACGCAGUUCUUCGGUUAUCGGUUUACGGAGAAGGACCUGAUCCACAAGUUUAUCUCGAGCUGGUGGGGUGAAUAUUUGGAUGCACGCCCGGAACACAUUGCCAAGUAUCCGACAUCGUACAGUGGCAAACCCAUCGGUCACUUCACGCAGAUCGCGAGUGAUCGUAGCACGAAGGUGGGCUGCUCCAUGUGGUACUGGAAGGAUGGCCAGAUGGAUGCGUACUACUUCGUGUGCAACUACUCCACGACCAACAUUAUGGAUCGUUCCGUGUAUCAGUCCGGUCCUACCGGUUCACAGUGCAGAAAGGGAAGGAACUCCCAAUUCCCAGGACUCUGUAACCCCAAUGAAGAACCUCGCUCCAUUAUGGAUCCCUAGGAGCUUGCCUCAAAGAAAUCAGGUUGUCUAUAGCUAGACAAACUAUUGGCUCACUAACCGAGAAGCGAGAACUUCUGGACGCAUCUCUCAAAAUUAUGUUACACAAAGAACUUCAACUUGCAGCCAAUCUCAACCAAUGCAAUCGAUCGGUUAUCUGUCCUGAAAUACAAAAAUGCAC